GUGGAAAGUGAAAUAUGCAAAAGUAUCGAUGUCGUCGAUACUUUUUGUUGUACUUGUACAUUUUUCGCCAAAAAUAAUAAUAAAAGUGAAAAGUUAAUGUAUUUUUGUUGUACAAAUACAAAGAAAAUGUUGUUGGAUUGAUUGGCAAUUUCGCCAUAAAAACGGCCGUAAUAAAACACAAGUGCAAUACGUGAAAACGCUGUGGCCAUUGUUUUGUUGAUACUGCUGGAAAGCCUGCCAGCCUGCUUGACUGCCUGCCUGACUGUCUGUCCAGCUAGCCGAAGUGAGAAAUGUUAAAGUCUACCACAAACACACAGGAAUUGCGUCUGCCACGCCCCGAGGAACACCAACAACACCAACAGCGACAUCAACUACAGCAACAGCAACAACAGCAGCCACAACAGCAGGAUCAUCCAACGCAUCAAGUAGCCGCCGUGAUAGCCCACAACAAUACAUCGUCUGCAAUAGCUACAGCAGCAGCAGCUGCAGCAACAAUCACCAGCAGCAACAACAACAGCAACCCCAACAGCAACAGCAUGGAUACGCUUAAGACAGCUUUUCUGCCCAAUCUCAGCAUGGAUCCGAAUGUCAUCAGUUCGCAUUACUGCCCCAUGUGCCAUCAGCAAUUCGAGCGUGCCCAGCAUGCAGCGGAUCAUAUGCAACUCUGUCAUGGCCUCACAUUGAAUGCCCAGGGAACAAUUGCAACGCUCGAGCAGCAGCCACAGCAGCAACUGAAGCCGAGCUAUGCGUGUGCCAACUGUGAUGAUAAGUUUGGUAGUGCACUGGAGGUGGAUGAACACCAUCGGUUGACGCACCAGACAACGGCAUUUCUGGCACGUUGCAUUGUCUGUAGCAUUUAUGGGGUGAAUUCGUUAACGCAGAAUCCCAAUGAAUACAAAUGCUCGCAUUGUGGUGCUGUCUGCACGGCGGCGAUGUUGGCCGCUGGCCAGCAAACGUUUAUGGAGCACCAAGAGGCGCCGGUGACACCAGAUGAUCUGCCUGCCAUUGCGCCGCGUGAUAUGAGACUGACGCCCGAAGAGCAGCAACACCAGCAACAGCAACAACAACAGCAGCAGCAGCAACAGUUGCAACAGGAACAACAAUUGCAGCAGCAGCAACAACAACAACAGCAACAGGAACACCAUCACCAGCAUCUUGAGCAACAGGAGCAACAACAACGACAACGUGAACUGCAAGAGCAACAGCAUCAAGACGAUUUAAGUGAUCCGGGAACGUUGAAGGUGCCGCCACUUACAGUGAAACUGCUAAAGAACGGCAAUGGUGCGACAGUAACACAUCCCCAGAAUACAUAUGUUAUCAAGCAUUCUAUUUCGCAGGUGAUUAUCAAGGAGGAGCCGCUCAGUUUGAGCGAUAGCGGUGAUGUUGUGAGCGCGGUGCCUGUCUAUGCCAUACAAGCGAAUCCUGGCGUGCAACCGGGUGCCACAACUGGUGCCACAACAAGCGUGCUGGUUAGCACACAAACGGUGCCCGCUGAUCUGGCCCACAAGAUACGACACAAAUGUCCCGAUUGCCCCAAAACAUUCAAGACUCCCGGCACGUUGGCCAUGCACCGCAAGAUUCACACGGGCGAAGCAGACGCCACGCCCAAAGAACGCCCCUACACGUGCUCCUACUGCGGCAAGUCCUUCACUCAAUCGAAUACACUAAAACAGCACACUCGCAUACAUACAGGUGAGAAACCAUUUAGAUGUGGCUAUUGUGGCAGGGCGUUCACUGUUAAGGAUUACCUGAACAAACAUUUAACGACUCACACGGGUGAAAAACCAUUUCAUUGUGGCUACUGUGAGAAGUCCUUCAGCGUGAAGGACUAUCUCACGAAACACAUACGCACACACACCGGCGAAAAGCCGUACACCUGUCCGUACUGUGACAAACGAUUCACGCAACGCAGCGCACUCACCGUGCACACGACAAAGCUGCAUCCUCUCUAGGAUAGGCCCAACGGGGGGCGCUCAAUAGUUGACCCAAAGAAACCAAGCAACAUGGCUUAAACAAAACGAAUUGGAUUCAGGAGAUGAGAUGAAGAUGGAGAUGGAUUGAGGAGAAUGUGAAGAGUGAAGCAACAAAAAGUAAAUGAAAGACGUUUUCAAAGACGAUACACUGUAAAGGGUGGCCGAUUCAAGCUGACCAACCAAGCUCCAAUAUGGCCCAAACCCAUGCCCCAAGCAGCAAACAAGCAAGCAAGCAACCAACGACUGGCAAAUCUUCAAAGUGCUGCUAGACUCUAAAUUAGAAUUUUUGCUAACUAAUGAUAUAUAGUAACAAAUUGUACUACAGAAAUGGCGUACCAUUUAAUUGUUUAUAAGUUAAAUGCAAUCGAUUUUUUGAUUUGGUUAUGUAAAUGUUGCAAUUUAAUUAAUUAUUAUUCUUAUUAUUUUGAUUAUUUUUCGAUUUUCUAUUUGUAUGACAUACCUAUUUUUGUUAUUCCCUGAGAUUUUAUUGCAUAUAUUACUUUAUAUCUUAACGGAUAAUCCUUUUUUAUAGCGACCUUAAACGCGCACACUCACACAUGCGCCGUCUCACACACCCACACAGAAACAGACACACACAGACACACACACACUUACAUCUAUAUUAUUUAUACAUAUAUAAAGAGAAAUAUUUUUUAUUACUGUUGUGGAAAUAUUAUUUUUUGAAAUUGUUUCAAGGUAAAAACUCUACGCGCAAAACUUAAAUUAAUUUAUAGAAAAGAAUAGAAAUGAGGAAGAAAAUAACUGCAUAAAAUCAAAUUAACAUAACACGCACACUUAUUCGAACAAGUUUAUUUAUUCUCAAGAUUGAAAAAUACGAAAGUUUUUCAAAAUUUUGUACUCAAACAUUAAAAAUGAAACGCUUUGCUUAAUUUGCAUACGAGCAGGAUCUCGUUUGUUUUGGCUUUAAAUUUAUUUACGUUAAAUUAAAAAUUGUUUAUGAACUAAUUACAUUAGUGCUUUUGAUUUUAAUUUGUUUAUUUUAUUUUGUUUGAUCGGUUUUAACGGUUCUUACAUUCUAAAUGUUAACCAUUGUUUUUAAAUUAUUUAAGUUUCUUAAGCGCAUUUGAACGCAAGACAAAAAGUAUUUAAGAGCAAAUUGAAAUUGAAAGAAAUCUAUGCAAAACGCAAAACAGCUUUACGCGCCAAACUAGUUUAAAAAACAACAAACAUAUACAAUAUAUAUAUGUAUAUAUAUAACAAUUAUUAACAAUUUUUUAUAAACUAAGCUUUUAAAAAACAAAAGAACAAAACGAAAAGUGAAAAAGAAAACAGUCGUAACGUAACAAGCUUAUGCAUAAUAAUAUUAAUUUUAUAAUUAAUUAUAAUUGUUUUUGUAAUAUAAUAAUUGAUAAUGUUAAAAUAAACAUUUAAACGAUUUUUAAUCAAUUAAUUUACUUGCAAGUUGUAUGUACUAAAACCUUAACUGUAGCAAUACCAAAACGAUUAAAUUGUAAAUUUUUACAUCAAAAA